UCUUAAAAUCCAAUUGAUCAGGUUAUUUUUUAGAGAAGCUGUUGAAGUAUAGUAUUUUAAUGAAAAAUAAUUAUUUUUUAUAAUAUAGAUGUAAUAAACAAUUGAAAAACAUAUAAAAAUAAAUAGCAAGAAGUGAAUACAAAUGGUUAUAAUGAUGUUGUAGUUAAAAUAAACAAAAAAAGAAAUAAUAGUUACAACUGAUAAGAAAGUGAAAAGAAAAAAUAUUGCGGCUGCACUUGUGACGUGCAUAACACAAACAAUAUAAAUUUGUAUGUAUGUACAUGAAAAAAAUGGCGCCUACUACCUGCUAAAAAUAAAGAAACUUAUAAAAAUAUUCUAUGUAGUGAAGGAAUUUUAUGAAAAGAAAUAAUUCUUGUUGAAAUAAAACAAAUAAUAGACAAAAAAUUAAAAAGAUUCCAAAAUAAACAUAACCUCAACAACAAAGCAACAAAAUGUCCGAAAAGAAUGCUGAGGAAUUUAAUUCAAGUAACGCCUUAGUGGUAAUAAGCAAUGAAUACACGAGUACCCCCAUUGGUUUGACCAAAAGUGCAUCCAAUGCAAUUAAUGAUAUACAGGAUGAUGCGCCACGUAUUAUUUGCAAUGAAUUGAUAGUGAAUCCACACAAAAGUAAAUCAAUGGAGAAACUAGAUGAAUUAUCUUCACUAGAGCGAGAGAUUGCUAAAAUGCAUCAUGUGGAUGAAGCACAACUGGACCUGGACGAGGUAUUAUUAUCUUCCUCAACAAGUGCUACACAGGGCGAAAAUCAAACGAAUCAGCUGCAGAUGGCUAAAACUCUAACGUCUGCUACAGACGCAAGUGAUUUGUCUAAUGGUAAAAAUUCCAAUAAUGUAAUCAGAGGUGUGGAAACUAAUUUGGAAGAUAAGCUAGAAGCGAUAACUUCUGGUGAAACAGCUUUAGAGCAUGAAGAUCUCAUAGCUGUUCUGAAGGGUCUUGAUGGUAAUGGCGAUGAUACACAUAACAACAGUGGUGCAGUUGAAGUGGAGGCGGACUCAAUACUCGAGGAAGGUGUAACCAUAGAGGGCGAGGGAGAGUAUCAAAUUAUGGAAGUAAUAGAUGAUGAUUCAAAUGCUAAUGAAGAAACUACAAAAACAGAUAUAGCUGAUACCACCAGCACUUCCUCCACCACACAAAAUCUAAACAAAAAAACAUUUGGUUCAACUCCCUUAACAGUACAAGAGGAACGGGCUUUGGCAUUAGAACAAAUUGAGUGUUUGAAAACUGUUCAUCGUCGACGUAAACAAGAUAUUAAACCCAUUAAACAAAUAGAUCCUGCUUUAGAUUUAGUGUCUGCUUUAGAGGCAGAUUGGAGUGAAAAUGAUGAUGAAUUAUCGGUUGAGACAACAAAAACCGAUACAAAAACUAAACUUCCCACCCUAAAAACAAAGGCUGCGUCUACUACCAGCAAAACAAUAGCUGAUAAUAAAGCUAAUACUCCUUUAAUAACGAGUGUUGUUGUUAUACCUUCAACAACUGCAACUGUGUCUAGUACAACUCCAACUUCUGCUGCUGCGAGUCCUACAUUAACAAAUUCGAACGUUAGCUCUGGUACUAAUAACAAUGCUACCACUACAGAAAACCCAAAUCCCACAAAGUCAUCUCCAGUUGAAGGUAUCAUCAAUACAAAAACAGAAGAAGACACACAGAUUGUUGGCACACAAACAGGCUUUAGAAGAACUCGCAUAAUUAAACGUAAAAUUAUUUGGGAUCCUGAUGCGCCGGAAACCACGUUCUCCUAUGCUAAACUUGUCAAAUCCAAUAACAAUACUAAAACAAAAACAGAACCCACUAUAAAGGCACCCAUUACCAAGGGAUCUACUACUAUAACUCCGUUGAAAAAAGAAACAUUGCCUACAACAACCGCAACCACAACGGCUUCUACGACUACUACAGCAAAGAAAACACAAAGACCAACAACACCUAAAGUUAAAAAGACCGCUACAAACUUGAACACUGAAAAAGCAACGACAGCUGAAAAUACAGCAGCUGCAAAAACUACCACUGCGGAAAAAGAACUGAUUACCAAAACGAAUACCAAAACUGAGGAAACUGAAACUAAAGCAUCACCGAGUUUGGAAACAAAAUCAGAAACAUCGCCCACAUCUCCCGCUAAACGACGUUCCCAAACUCCUGUUUCUAAUAUUAGUCCCAGUGGCAGUACAGGUGUUAAGAAGAGAAAAAACAAUGAACUUGAUCGUUUGAUGGGCGACGAGGGUGCUGUUAAUAUGCUUAACUCAUUGGAGAAAUUAGAGGCCAGUCUAGGACCAGGAGAAACUAAAUCGACUAGACCGUUGAUGAGAAGCCGUGCAGCUACAAUAUGUGAAAAGUUGCCUCGCAAGGACACAACACCACCUGCCCGCCGUGCUCCAACACCAACAUCGGCAAAUCAACCGACAACUACAAAAGGCAAAAGAGCCACUAAACCACGUGCUUCUUCCUCUUGGGAUUAUGUUUACAAGAAAAAGAAACAGGAUUUCGAUGAUUCUCUAAUCAUACGUCGUCGUUCAAAUAGUUCAUAUUCCAGUACAACAUCACUAAAUCGUUUAAGCUUAGAUGGUCCCCCUGCCAGUAAUUCCUCAACGAAAUCCAAUGAUUCCAAAUCAUUGCCUAACUCAUCGAGUGAAAAUGAUUUGUCUAAAACACCUCCCGCUACCUCAAGUCACAACAAAAGCUCUGGCAGCUCCAAAACAACAACACGUUCAACGCCGACACCACCAGCAAGUGGCGUCAAAUCAUCAUUUGAAUUUGCUAAACCUGAAAAUAAAAAAUCAACCCAAAAACGUACAAAAAGUCCUGCUGCUACACUAACGAAUGAUAUGAAAAAAGCAGCGCCGGUCGCUAGCAGACGUAAUGCUCGUAGUCCAGCUACAACUACAAAUGAAGAUAAAAGCAAGGAGGCGGUUAAACCAUCAAAUACAAAAUCUCCCACUAUGGCAAAGGACAAGAAAGAUGUAUCUCCAUCUUCAUCAUCAUCAUCGUCGUCUAAUACAUUAUCUGAUGUUGUUGUUAAAAAAUCCUCAAAAGUUGCUCAAAUUCUUUUCAGUACCAAUAAGGCUAAAUUAAGCAACACCUUUACCAUACAGAUGUUAAAUAAAUUGGUAGAUAUUCUUGAUAAAUUGGCUUCGGAUUCUGAUUGUCAUGUCGUUGUUAUGGGUACAAAUGAUGCUCACUUUUGCCAGGGCAUUGAUCUAACCGAUCUAACAACGAUUGCGGCUGAAAAACGUAAAAAUUAUGCUGUUAAUUUGGCCACAUCUGUUAAAAAUUAUUUAAAAACAUUAGCUACGUAUCCGAAACCACUAAUAGCUGGUGUUAGUGGUAAUCUAAUGAAUUUGGGUGUUAUCCAACUGGCUUUAUUUGAUGUUGUUAUAGCCGCUGAUAAAACCACAUUCGAAACGCCAUACGCUAAAAUGGGACAAGCACCAGAGGGUUAUUGCAUUUGGCAUAAUAUGAAUAAAAUACGAGGAUCAUUUAAAACAAAAUUAUUUUGGUUGUGUGAGAGAAUACAAUCUACUGAAGCAGCCUUAGCUGGUCUAGUUAAUAAAUUAACCGCUGUCAAUAAAGUAAAUGAUGAUGCUUUUGCAACAGCCAGAAGAAUUGCCUCAUUAUCUUCGGAGACUUAUCGUGCUAUGAAGAAGACUGCUAUUAAUAGCCAUUUGGAUGUAAUUGUUAGCUCUCUGGAUGAGGAAUUCGAUACAAUUAUUAAACAAUGGACAACGAGUGAUUGUUUAGAAAAUUUAAAGAAAUUUUUGGGACAUGAUUAAUUUUAAAUUUUUUUUUUUUUAGUUUUGAUUAAUUUUAAAAUUUGUAGUUUUCAUUUUAUUAC